UCCAAUGUCUUCUCGAUGUUCGACCAGUCCCAGAUUCAGGAGUUUAAAGAGUGAACCGCCAAGGACACUCUGGAGAGAGGGGGUGGGACCGGCUGGUCUGGGUCGGCCCUGGUGGCUCAUGGUCCGUGUCUUCAUCAGGCCUUCACUAUCAUGGACCAGAACCGGGAUGGCUUCAUCGACAAGGAGGACCUGAGGGACACCUUCGCCGCACUGGGUCGCAUAAAUGUCAAGAAUGAGGAGCUGGAAGCCAUGGUGAAGGAAGCUCCAGGACCCAUCAACUUCACAGUUUUCCUGACCAUGUUUGGGGAGAAACUCAAGGGCACGGACCCGGAAGAGACCAUACUGCAUGCCUUCAAAGUGUUUGACACGGAAGGAAAAGGCUUUGUCAAGGCUGACUUCAUUAAGGAGAAGCUCAUGACCCAGGCUGACCGCUUCAGUGAGGAGGAGGUCAAGCAGAUGUUUGCAGCUUUCCCACCCGAUGUCUGUGGCAACUUAGACUACAGGAAUCUGUGCUAUGUCAUCACACACGGCGAGGAGAAGGACUAG